AUGGGGUCAGGUGAUGAAAAAGAAAUAGAAAAAGAAAUUAAACAUAAUAAAAUGAGUGGAAAUAGUCAAAUUUUUGCUACAACGCUACCGCCGUUAAAUAUAAGGUCAACUAAUCUGGCUCAAGAAUGGAAAAGUUGGAGCAAGCAGUUCUAUAUUUUUAUGCUUGCAACGAAUUUAGAAGAACAACAAGAACGUCGCAAAGUUGCACUUUUACUGCACCACUUGGGGGCAGAUUGUUUUGAAAUUUUUAAUUCAUUUAACAUGGAUAUAGAAGAAGUAAAAUUAGAAAAUGUGUUAAAAAAGUUCUGUGAAUACUUUAUUCCAAAAGCUAACGUGGCUAUGGAACGGUACAAAUUCUUUACGCGUCAACAGAACUCAGAAGAAACUAUAAGCGAAUACGCAACAGCGCUACAAAACUUGAGCACUACAUGUGAGUUUAAAGAUCUGCGUGAAGAUUUGGUUAGAGAUAUAUUUAUUUGUGGCUUAUCCCUCAACUUUAAACAUAUCAAAGAACGUCUUUUGAGUGAAGGUGAUAUUAAAUGGGGUAAAGCGUUGGAAAUAGCAAAAAAUAUUGAAAUUGCACGACAAAAUGCAACAACAAUACUGAAAACAGUAAAUGAAAACGUGGUUGCUGGGCUAAAAAAACAACGGAUUGCAAGACCCGUUUCGGUACAACAAAAACAUAGUAAAAAAGAGUGUAAAAAGUGUGGCCAAUUACAUAAAUUCAAAUGUCCGGCCGAUGGAGUGAUUUGUCAUAUAUGUAAAAAGCCAAAUCACUAUGCAAAAAUGUGCUUUAGUCGUUCAUCAGUACAGCAGCAGCAGCAGCAGCAACAACAACAGUACCGUAAAAGCCGAUAUAUAAAAAACGUGUCUGAAGAAACAAAAUUAUUUGAUGACGAUUUAUUUGUUGGAACAAUAAGCAAAAACUUAAACAAGUUUUUUACACAAAAUAAAUCAUGGAAUGUUGAUGUCAAUAUAGAAGGCGUAAAAGUGAACUGCCAGGUAGAUUCUGGAGCGGAAACAAACUUAUAUUGUCGAACUUUUAGUGGUGAAAAAUUACCUAUUAUAGGAAAAGUUCAUGUGGAUUUGUUAUUUAACAAUAUUAGACAAAAGGCUAUUUUUCAUGUGGUCAAUAUGCAGUGUAAUAAUGUUCUGGGUCUGGACUUAGCAGUUGAGUUAAAUCUAAUUAAAAUAGUAAACGCAGUAAGUUGUAAUAAUAAAGUAGAAAUAAACAAUUGUAACGAAUUAGACAUUUUUGGUAAAUAUUCAGACGUGUUCAAUGGUCUUGGUCAGCUCAAAAAUAAGUGUAAAUUGGAAAUCAGAGACAAUAGUACACCAGUUGUUGAUGUACAACGUAGAGUGCCCUUUAGUCUACUUGAACCACUUAAAAAAGAGUUACAAAGAAUGAAGGAAUUAGAAGUUAUAACUGAAGUUACUGAACCAACUGAGUGGGUCAGUUCAAUAGUGAUAGUUACUAAGCAAAAUGGCAAUAUCCGUUUAUGCUUAGAUCCUCGUAAUUUAAAUAAAGCUAUUGUGAGGCCAAGAUUUUCAUUUCCUAAUUUAGAUGAGUGUAGGUCGCAGAUGGCUGGUUCAAAAGUUUUCAGUUCUCUGGACGCAAGUUCAGGAUUCUGGAUGGUGCCCUUGGAUGAAAAUUCUUCAAAGUUGUGUACUUUCAACACUCCUUUUGGCCGAUUUAGAUUUUUACGUCUACCAUUUGGUAUCAACGCAGCACCAGAAAUAUUCCAUGGAGAAAUGGUUCGUCUUUUUGGUGAUAUUAAAUUAGUUAUAAUUUAUUUAGAUGAUUUCCUUAUUUAUGCGAAAUCAAUAAAAGAGCAUAAUGAUAUUUUGUAUAAGGUCUUGAAGAGAGCAACAGAAAUAGGUCAUCGUUUCAACAAAAGUAAAUCAAAACUUUUUCAAACUAAUAUAAAAUUCAUUGGACAUAUUUUCAAUGAAGAUGGUAUUAAACCAGACACUGAUAAAAUAAGAGCAAUUACGGAAUUUCCUACACCCGCUAAUAGCGAAGAUCUCCAACGUUUUCUAGGUAUGAUUAAUUAUUUAGGUUCAUUUAUUCAGAAUUUGUCAACAAAAAACUUUCAUCUUAGAAAUUUAUUAAAAAAAGAUGUUAUUUGGGACUGGGGUAAAGCUCAAGAGGAAGCAUUUAAUAAUUUAAAAAAAGAAAUCACAAAAGCUCCAGUUUUAACAUAUUUUGAUGUUACUGUCAGCAGACGCAUCAAAGGUAGCUAUGGGGGCUGUAAUUAUGCAUGA